AAGGAGCUCUUCCUGGUCUGCUUUUAUUCUCUCUGGUGUCUGAGGGAACAACCCCCUAGAAACAAUUUAAGAGUGACAGGUAAAAUAAAUUAUACCAAAAGCUCACAGCAACAAAAAAGAUGAAAUUCUUUCUGGACUGCCUCCUGCUUCUGCCCUUACUGCUCAUCUUCACCUUAGAGUCUCUCCUGAAGCUUUUUAUUCCUAAGAAGAGAAAAUCAGUUACCGGAGAAAUUGUCCUGAUUACUGGAGCUGGACAUGGAAUUGGAAGACUGACUGCCUAUGAAUUUGCCAAACUUAAAUGCAAACUGGUUCUGUGGGAUAUAAAUAAGCAUGGACUUGAGGAAACAGCUGCUGAAUGCAAGAGACUAGGUGCAAAGGUUCAUUCCUCUGCGGUCGACUGCAGUAACCGAGAAGAAAUUUACAGCUCUGCAAAGAAGGUGAAGGCUGAAAUUGGAGAUGUUAGUAUUUUAGUAAAUAAUGCUGGUGUAGUCUACACAUCAGAUUUGUUUGCUACACAAGACCCUCAGAUUGAAAAGACUUUUGAAGUUAAUGUACUUGCACAUUUCUGGACUACAAAGGCAUUUCUUCCAGAGAUGAUGAAGAAUAAUCAUGGCCAUAUUGUCACUGUGGCUUCAGCAGCUGGGCAUACUGGGGUCCCCUUUUUAUUGGCUUAUUGUUCAAGCAAGUUUGCUGCUGUUGGAUUUCAUAAAGCUUUGACUGAAGAACUGGCUGCCUUAGAAAGAACCGGAAUCAAAACAACAUGUCUCUGCCCUAAUUUCAUAAACACUGGCUUCAUCAAAAACCCAAGUACCAGUUUGGGACCCACUCUGGAACCUGAGGAAGUGGUAAACAAGCUGAUAGAUGGGAUCCUGACUGAGCAGAAAAUGAUCUUUGUUCCAUCUUCUUUAAGUUUUUUUUCAGUGUUAGAAAAGACCCUUCCUGAGCGUUUCCUGGCAAUUUUAAGACGAAAGAUCAAUAUUAGGUUUGAUGCAGUUGUUGGAUAUAAAAUUAAAAAACAAUAAGUCCUUCGUUUUUUUUUAAAAAUGAUUUACCAGGUUUAAGUUGAUUUCAUAUAAUAUUAACCAGAAUUUUAAUGUUUGGACUUCUGCUUUUCCUAAUUAUCAUUUUUUUAAAUACCACCUUUUGAGGCUCCAGCAGGUUCUAAUUUCAUAUAAUACACAGAACUAUCUUAGGAACUGAUCUUAUGGAAAGUGGAGGAAAAGAAAGAGUUUUACAUUAAUUUCCAAGAUUUUGUAGCUCAUCUAAAGGCUUUGCAAAGUUUAUACUAUAGAUGUUUAAGAUAAUUUUUAUUUUUAAUCACUUAAAUUUUAUAUAAUUUGUAUUUCCUUUUCAUGAAGGACUAUAUCUAGUGGCAUUUCAUAGUGAAUUUCACAUGAUGUAAGAAAUAUUGCUCAAACAUUUCACCCUACACAUUACUACUCUGCUUCCUGAGAAAUACCUCACAUUCCAAUGCCAGACAUUUCAGCACAAGGAAACUGGAGAUGGACACAUGUUGCGAGUAUAAAGGCAUCAUUGAGAUUUGAGGCAGAGAAUUGGGAGAAUGUACACAUAAGUGGCAAUAAUAAUAAAUGGAUCAAAUUUAAA